AAAUGGUCUGUUUGCUUCAGUAGGGUCCAUUUAAUGAGUUCGCGAGGAACUAUAAAGGCAUGCACUCAGUCAAUUCGUGUUCCUGCAUGCACGUUUUUUUUAUUUUUUUAUCAUCAUAUAGAGGAAACUCUUAUUAAACAACUAUGCCCAGGGAAACGACUACAAAACCAGGAAGAGACAUGCACGCUGGCCAAACCACAGUGGAUAUUAGGCUUAAAGCUUUAAAAUAUACUAGUGGAAACGCGUUUGAGCAUAACGCGAACAUCAACGAUAAAGCCAGGAGAGGAUGUUCUAGACGAAGGAAGUAGUAUGAUUAUAAUGAACACUAGAGGGUGCCCAACAUCCUCAUGCAGUGCAUCCUUAUCGCUUUGUUUCUCAACAUGCAAUUGCAAAUCCCCUCCAUGGCCUCCAGUUAAGAUAAACUUGUUUGACUGGCUUGCCCCACUUACCUGCUGUCUUUGCCUAAUGUUUAAUUAUUUCAUAUGGCUUUUAGGCCUAUAUUAAACACUGCAUGCUGUGCUCUAAUAAAGUAGAUGAUGCUUGAGAAAUAUAAAUUGGUUAUGUUUUGAAACAUUCUUCAGUUUUCAACCAACAUUCAGAGACCUGAAAUAUAAAUGUAAGGAUAUAAUGGACAUGUCUUUCUGUAUUUUUAGUGUGUCUGGCUGCCCUCCCAACGAAUCCACCAUGCCGAUCGAAUUGGCCAUGCCACUUUAUCUGUCAAGUGAUGAGUUCCUGAACAUGAGGACGUCUAAAUACAGCAGGCCCUUGCGGCCAUGUAUACAUCUGUGUCAAAGUUCCAAGCUUAGUUUUAGCUCUGUUAGACAGCAGUCAGAACUGAACGGAGUCAUUGCACCCUUAGCGGUGCCAGGCAAGGCCAAAAAACAAGUCUCUUUUGCUGACCACAAGGGCCUUGCCUUGACGAUGGUGAAGAUAUUUUCUGAAUUUGAUGACCCCUUUGACAUCACAACCAACAUUGAGCAGUUUUUUACCUCUUCGCUGACUCUGUCAGAGGAGAAGAACAAGUUAAGCCUUGACUUUGACCAGCCAUCUGCAGAUUACCUAAAGUUUCGGCAACGUAUAGAAAAGGAUCACGUCUGCCUCGAGCACUGCAUGCUUAAGGAAAAAUCUAUAGUAGGCACGGUCAAAGUCAAAAACCUUUCCUUUGAGAAGUCGGUUAAGCUUCGCAUUACAUAUGACACUUGGAAGAGCUACACAGAUGUGGUAUGCCAGUAUGUAAAAGACACUUACACCGGCUCGGACCGUGACACCUUUUCGUUCGAAGCAGGUUUGCCCGAUCAAGUGCCUCCACAUGAGCGCAUUGAGUUUGCCAUCUGCUAUGAGGUCAAUGGCCUUUCAAUCUGGGAUAACAACCAAGGACAGAAUUACAGAAUCAUUCAGUCAACACUGAAGACGAGUUCAAAUGACUCAAGUGUUGGCCAUCAGCGAUAUGAUGUGAGUGAUUGGGACAUUCAUUUUGACCGAUAUGGCAGCCCCAGAUGUUCGAAUGGAAUCUUUCCUAGUUGGCCAAGUUAUGCUGGAUAUGAAGACAUUGGCCCGUAUUACUAAGCGUAAAGCAUAAAAUGCCUCACAAGAAACAUCGCUCAGGGCAACUGUUCCAGCUAGCAGAAAAACUUUAAAAACCACAGCACCUUUUCCGCUGUUCUUUGGCCUCUAAUUCUAACGACUUGUUGGACUGUAAAGCAAUAAAGACAUUUGAGAGAUUUUUUUUGUCAAUAAUAAUGGAUUAUAUUGUGCAACAGGACAUGUAUUAUAUGUAUUAACAAGCAUUAUAUUUUUAAAAAUACUGUUGAUGGUGCAAUACAAAUAUGUAAUUGAGGCAAAUUAUAUGUUUAUUUUCCAGUGCCCAUUCAGGUGCUUUGAAGCUAGGGUUGUAUGUUCUUGAGGUUGAUUUUGGGUUUUGUAUGGAUUUAUUAACAAUUCUCCCUUGCUACUGCUUUCCAUGCACCUUAUAAAAUAGUACGGUGUUAACUGCAUUGUAAGUGAAUCUGCAGGCCAGUAUUUAAACUGUAAAUUGUGAAUAAAAUUGCAAGAGGUUUUUCUGUCGGGGAGUCAAAUUGUCAGCACUGAGAUUGAUUUUGAUGUGAAAUGUCUUGCAAAGGGCACAGAGAGAGAAUGACCCAAGAAAAGAUCAGUGUUUUUCCCAUUAAUGUGAGACCAUGAAAUUGGACAUUAUGCAAUUACUGCUACUUUCCAUAUACGUGUUGCAUUUUCCUGAACUAGUUUUAAAUUUAAACUCUAAAGAAAGUCACCAUAUUUCUGUAACUUUUAAUUAAUAAAUGUGGCUUAUUCUCACUGUAAUUUUCUACACAACAGGAUUAUGAGAUUAGUGUUGGUUGGCAGUUAAGUUGAUGUGUCUUGAUAUAUAAUUCGUUCUGGGUAAUAUGCACUUUAAUUUCUUGUCACUCAUUUGAACCUUUCUUGUUUGUAACUGAAUACAGAUGUGUGAGAACCACUUUAAAUAUGUUGUUAUUAAAAUGUUCUAUUGGCGGUAUUUGGUAUGUUCAAUACAUGCAUUUUAAUGCAAUGUUUUAAUUUUUUCUGGUCACUGAAACAGUAAAUAAAGUAUUGGCAUCUGAAAACAA